AGCAGGGAGCAGCGGGCAUGGGGCACAUUGGGUGCCAAUUCCGAGCCCUGGUCUGGAAGAACGGACUUUGCCGCCUGCGGCACCCGGUCCUUUCCCUCGCCGAAUUCUUCUGGCCCUGCAUCUUGUUCAUGAUCCUGACGGUCCUUCGGUUCCAGGAGCCCCCCAGACGCAGAGACAGCUGUUUCUUGCAGCCCCGGGAUCUGCCCAGCCGAGGUGUCCUCCCCUUUGUCCAAGGGCUUCUUUGUAACACCGGCUCAACCUGCAGGAACUUCAGUUUUGAAGGGUACAUGGACCACCGUUUCCGGUUCCAAACUGCUGCUGAUGACAGGACGGUCAACAGCCUGGGCUUUUUAGAAGAGAUGCAGGACCUGGCCGAGGACAUUUAUGAGACAGCGAGCAAGGCGAAGCACUUGCAGAAACUCUGGGGAGAAAGAGUCCAGACACCAGAUUCUUCUUACGGUGCCAGUUUUUUAACAAUGAAUCUCAACCAAACCGAGGAGCUGAUAUCAGAGUGGGAAAUCCUCCACCAACAGCCGCAUGUCUGGGACUUCCUGCUCUCACUGCCAAGGCUAGGAACAAACAGAGCUCGUGUGGGAGAUGCCACACAAACCAUAGUGCACUUUCUCCAGGCAGUUUUAAAUUCCGUAGCAGCUCUGGACCGUUUAGACUGGCUACCACUCAACGCAACGUCCUCCCCGGUCUCUGAGGUCGUGCUGAACGUGACCAUGGCGGUGCUGGAUUUCCUGCAGCAGCCUGGACGAGUGGCCGCUGAGUCAGUUUACAACCUUUCCCUGAAGAACAUGGUAUGGGACCCGCAGAAAGUACAGAAUGACCUCAAAUCCCAGUUUGGUUUUGAUGAUCUUCAAACAGAAAGAAUCCUGAAUUAUUCAGCAGAGUUGCAGGAGGUGUUGGACCAGUGGCAGCAGAGUGGCCUGCUUUACAGUGUGCUCACAGGCGUGGGCCAGCGCCUGCAGGCCCUCAGGGACCAGUACGAAGAGGGGGACUUGCUGUGGAAGGUGGCAGAAGCCCUGCGUGCCGGAUUGCACCUCCUCAGUGAUGCAGCGGAUGGCUCCAAAGACAGCCACACCGCUCCGCAGACAUUCCAGCAUCUGCAGAAAUUGCAGAGUGUGCUGCAAAAGCUGCCCCAGUGGCCAGCAGUGGAGAGCCUGCUGCAGCUGGACGGGACCCUCAGGAACGUGAUAGCCCAGGACUUGGAUUUCGUCCAAGGAAUCCUUGCUCACGUGGAGACUUCAGUGAAUGAUUCUGUACUGGGUGGAUCUGACCACUGGGAACUAGAAAAGGAUGCAUUUUUUUUGGAGUUAAGGCAGAUGCUGAUGAAGAAUGUCACCACCACCUGUCUAAAUGGACACUUGUCUGCGGAGGCUGCCAUGUCCCCCAGGAAUGCCAGCAUCUGGGGGGACCCCUGGGGACUAUUAUGCCACCGUCUAUCCUUCAAUAAGACCAGAGUUUUUAACAGGCUGCCUGGUACAGUGGAGAAUGCUGAUCAUGUUUUGCAAGAAGCCGUUGCUGGGCACACAGAUCUUCUGGUUCCAAACCCUGAAGCGUAUCCGGGCUGGCAGGACAUCGAGAAGCAGCUGACAGAAGUGAGCCACUCCUGUUCUCAGCUCUUCCAGUUGCUAGAAGCUAAUGCUUCUUUGGGGAGCAGAGUCUCUGCUGGUGACUGUGAGAACCAGCUGGUCUCCAAUGUGAUAUUUCACAUUCUUGAAAAAGCACAAUUGUCUCUGGGACAAAUGUCCCACUGGAAAUCCUUCCUAGAGUUUAUCAGGAAGACUUGUGAGAUGGCUCGAUAUGUGAACACAAAAGGAAGUUUCCAGAACACUCUGUCGGCUGUCUCUGAGGACUCCCCUUGUUAUGCAGAAAACAUGGAUUGGAAAAUCAUCAGUGAUACUUACUAUACCUUUUUGAAUAACUUUCUGACAUCUCCAGUAACUUCUGCAAUCAGGGCCUUCACAAAGUACCUUCUAGCAAUGGAAAGGAAGCAGCAUGCCCAUGAGAAUGAAGAGAUGAACUUUCUUCUGUGGUUCUUGGAGUUUCUGGAGGAAUUAUUGUUGCCUAAUCCUCUUGAGUCAUCUAGUUCUCAUGAAUCCCAUAACCUCUUCUCUCUUACUGAGCAGUUUGUGAACAGAAGUGUUUUGUGGGUAAAACACUUAAAAAAUUUAGAGAGGAACUCAUCUAGAGUUGAUGCUCAGACACUUUUGGAAUUUGGCAAAAUGGUGAUUGAGAAAAUACAAACUCAUGGAAAUCACUGGGUGAGAAAGGCAUACGGAAAUGCUUUAAAAUUCCUGGAAUUAACACUUCUUGAAAUGAAUCCCUGGCUGCCAGAAUUACGGCUCUCUGGCAUUUCAGAAGGAGAAGAGGCUAAGGUAGAAACCUUGUCUACACUUCCAAAUGUUUCUGUCCCAGCAAAUGAGAAGCUUCUCAGUAAGAAUUUUAACUUUUCCCAGUUGUUUCAAUCUCAUGGGCCUGGGUCAUCCCCUGUGAACGUGGAUUUUGUACAUGUAAGCGAAUCUAUAAUACGUAGCCUCCAUGAAUUUGGGUUUCUGUCCCAGGGAGAAGUCUCAGAAGUGCUGGACACAGUGGAUGCUGUCAGAAAUACAUCUGUUCUUUUCUCGGCCUUUUCUGAACUUCAGAAACAAGAAAUUAAUACAGUGUUGGCUCAUGUCUACCUAAAUGUCUUCAAAGACAAGGAUUCUGCUUUACUUCUGCAAAUCUAUUCUUCAUUUUACCAAUAUAUGUACAAGUUCUUGAGCCUUCAGAAUAGAGAACCAUUGCUCACUUACCUUAGCCAAAUCUCAAGACACAUUUUGGACAUUGUGAAGCAGUUUAAUUUCCAAGACAUCCGUAAAGCAUUUGCAUUUUUGUCCGAGGCUGCUGGGGUUCUUGAGGGUAUUUCUGAAGAGUCUUACUGUCAGCAGUUGCUUUCAGUUUUAAAUUUUUUGGAACUCCAAGCCCAGUCCCUGACGUCUACCCAGGACCAAGAGUUGGAAGUGAUCCACGCUACUUUGACAGUCCUCAAACAACUGCUCGCAGCAGAUGAGGAUUUUCGCAUUUCCUUGUUUCAGUAUGUGAGCCAGCUCUUCAACGGUUCAGGGGAUACACUGUUGGGCAGUAAGUGCUUUAUUUUGGAUAAUAAAACAAUUUCUUCGGCAAACCGUUCAGCAGUUGAGGGGCCUUCAGGGAUCCUCCCAUGGGCACAAGUAUACUCAACCCUCUCCGCCAAUGUCAGUGUUCUCAGUGAGUUUACAGCCGUGCACUGUACAGUUUCAUGGCUUCAGAUGUGGGCUGAGAUCUGGGAAAGUGUAUCCCAAGUAUUUAAUUUUGACUUGAAUGUUUUUACCUCUCUCCGUGCUGGUCUCACUCAACUUUUGGAUGAACUGGAAAAUGAUGUGAAAAUCUCUAAAAGCUGCCGAGGACUGCUUCCCAACCAUCACGCAGCUAGACUGAUACUAAAUUUGUUUGGCAGUGUAUCCUACACUGAUGGCCUCCACGUUGGGGAUGAUUUCCUGGACCUCAGGGAUCUUUGGGUACCAUUAGGUGAUGCGCUGGUUACAGUAAAGUCACUGAACGUGGCCCAAAUAGAGAGAUCUCUUUGCGCCAUGGAAACUUCUCUGCAUCAGCUAAAGUCAUUCCCAUUAGACACGAGUACAAGCCGAGAGUUUUUCUAUUCCCUGCUUGAUGUUUUCAUUGAGUUAAGCAAUGCAUCAGAGCAUGCGGGUGGGCAUGCAAAGUUGAUAAAUCGCUUUCUUCCCACCAAUCUCACAGAUUAUGGAGCGAAGUUUGAACACAUCAUUGCUGAGUUAAGAGAAACAAUAUUGUUUCUUAGGCAUGUGGCACAUGAUAGAGAUUUAUUGUCCUGUGCUGAUGUUUUCCAAAAUGUGACUGAGCUGCUUGUAGAAGAUGGCUUAUUAUGUGCAAAUACUUCCCAGAGGAUGGUGUAUAUUCUGGCCACGUUAAAUUCCAUAUUUUUCUCAGGGAACACAAUCAGCAACCUGAGAGGAUGCACUGCAUGGGUAGAUGUCAUAAACAACCUGUACUCGAGGUGCAACUCAAGUUUUUCACAGCGCCUCCUUUCCAGUAUUUUUGGAAGUUUCCCAGAUACAGAAAACAAAAUGAACUCUACACUAAAAAUUGUGACUUGGGUAUUAAAUAGAACGAAACCUCUUUGUUCUUUGAAUGAACCAAAUGUAAACUGUGUAAAUAGGUACUUGAAAGACAUAUCUGACUUUCUAAACACUAUACUUACUGCAGUCUUUGAAAAAGAAAAGCUACCUAAAUUUGAGCUUUUAUUAGCUCUUUUCAAUGAUUCUACAGAGCAUGUGAGAAUGAUUAUCAAGGACUUAAUGAGAAACUUUGAUUCUGCUUCCCAAUCUAACUGGACAAAUUUUAAUGGAUUAAUUCUUAGACCCAUAGAAGUGUCAGAUGGAAUUCCUAACCAAUUUCAGAAUGUUUGGCUGCAUUUAAUGGCACUGGGGAAAGAAAUUCUGAAACUUGUGCAAGAUAUUUCCCCUAACACCCUGGGAAAUAUUUCUUCUAAAACUGAAAAAAUCUUGAGUUCACUCACCACCACUUUAAAGGAAAAGGAUAUAAACAGUUUAGGCAAGUCGUUUUAUCAUUUAGCUAAUUACCUUGCCCUCAACUUAUCUCAUGAUCUCCAGAAUUCACCAGAAAUUGUUCCAGAUGAAAUAAGGACCUCAGUGGAACUUGGUAUUCAGUUGGUAAGGGAUGUAUUCAACUCCUUAAUGCCCACAGUCCAGCACAAUAUUCCAGUCGACACAGGUCACUUUCAGGUUUUGAGGAAAGUGUCAUCUCUCAUGCGUAGUCUCAGGAGAGCAGACAUAGACCUUUUAGUAGGACAGCUGGAACAAAUUAGUGAAAGCUUAGUGGGUUUCUUUAAGAAUCUCACUAGAUUAGGCACUGAUGCCGGAGGAGUAGACUUGCUGGUUGGCUUGAUGGAGAAGAUUGUAGACAGCUCACACUCUUGGAGUGUUAACCAUCUCCUGCGGCUCUCCCGCCUCUUCCCUAGAGAUGUGGUCAAUGCAGUGGUGGAUGUAUACUAUGUCCUUCCUCAUGUCAUGUGGCUCCUGGAGACAGUAGCUGAUAAAAACCUCACAGAGGCCCUCAAGGAUGUCCAUGACUUCACACUCCUUCACGGCAUCAGCAUUGCCAACAUCUCCAAGGAGGACUUUGCCACUGUGAUAAAAACUCUUUCCGAUACAAUUGAACAGAUAUCAGAGCAGCCCGCUCUGCUGUCGGAGGCUUUAACUUGCCUUCCUGUGCUUUGGUGCAGGACUCAUACAACUUCUGGGUUUCUGCAGAAUCCUGAGUUAGAAGGCUGUGAUGCACAGGGGCUCGUGUCCUCUUCCUUUUAUGGCAAUGUGGCCAGCAUGCUGGGCCAUCUCCACCUGUCUCACCCAGCGGGGGAUUCACAGUGUUCAAAGAAAAGCUCACACAUCGCAAUGAUGAGAAGAGCGGUCUGUGUAAUUCAUGAGCUAGCAGACUGGAAUUCCAUCCUCCUGGAGCUGUCUGAAGUCUUUCACAUUAAAACUUCGCUGCUGAAAACUGUGCAGGAAUUUUGGCACAAAGUGUUACCCUUUGUCCCACCUUCUGGAAAUCAAAGUAACGGCAGCAUCCCUGAAUUUUGUCCUAGUGGUCCUAUUAAGCAAGUGGCUUUGCAAAUCAUAGAAAAUCUAACAAACGUCAACUUUACAAAAUUUAUUUCCGGUAAGAACAUGUUUGACAAGCUAGCUGCUUUAAACAAGAUUCUUAAUAUUGCUGAAGGUACAGAGACUGCUGUUCAAAAUAAUAUAUCUUUAAAUUUGGAAAGGAUAAUCAAAUCAAUUACUGGGGCCUGGAACCCAGAAAACAGAACUCAUUAUCUACUCCCUCCACUCAUGAGCCUUCUGAAUACAAAUCAUACAGGUAGCAAUUUAGAAGCAUUGGAAAGUUUUCUUAAACCAAAUGAAGUAGCGUAUGACUUUGAAGAACUGUGGCUGGACUUCAAACACACCGUGGAAGACCUGACACGUGACGGUAGUGUGAGACACCUGCUGUCAGAAAUUACCAAAGAAAUCCCAAGUAUAAAUUCAGUGCGCCUUCAAAACACAACCUUGCAGCUUUCCUAUGUUUUAGAAAUCCUCAAUUCAUCAUCAUUGAAGAUGUUGGAAAUUAUCGAAGAUUUUCUACCAGUUAUAAAAAACUGGCUUCAUGAAUAUGCAAAAGAAGAUUACUCCAGAUUGAUACAAACAUUAUUUGUCCCUGUGUCCAAUGAGAGUUCAACUGACAAUACACCUAGGUUGAUUAAAGAUAUCAGUACCUUUUGGGAAUAUUUACAAAACAUUUCUAGAGAAGGCGCUUUCGAUUUUACCUUUCUUUCUCCCUUGCUACAUCCGGAACAGCUGGCUAAGUUUUCUCUUGUUCAGUGGCUUCUUGAAAAUAUUCUGGUCAGUUCCAUCCAUAGUGUAGCUGGGAGUUCUCAGGAAGCAGGCCCAAGUUUAAAUGCUACAGACCUUCACAUAAUGAAGCUCAUCAACCUCACCUUGAACCAUCCGUGGUCAGGAAAUGGGGGGAAAACAGUUCUCUCUGCAAGACGCAUGGUGGCUUUUGUGGAUCAGCUUCUGAAAACAUUCUUUUCCCUUCUCCUAAAGGAAAAUUCUGACAACAAAUUAUCUCGUCUGCUUAAAGACUUUGAUGAAGCUAUUGCAGAGAUGAGUUUUGUCCCCAGAGGUAAAAUCCUAGAAGCUCUGAAGCUGGAUCAGUUUCUGACCUCAGGGAAUGAAGACACAUGGACAAAAAUUUUCUCAAGCUUGGAGGAGGCUAUACAUCACGUGCUCAGAAGUUCUUUCACGACAGACGGUGGGGAACUCUUUUCUGAUAGCCCUGGAGGGCUGGAGUUCGUGCACGAUUUAGUCAGUGCCCUCCUGAGGGAGACCUCAGUGGAGAAUCAGCCUAGAGGUGAUCAGGACUUGCCGGCUAUGCUGGGCCAGGUGCUUUUCCGUGCAAACAACUCUGCAGAUCUCUUCCAGCUCCACCAGGACCUGAGGUCAGUUCUUCACCUUGUACGAGAAAGCUCCACAGAGAUGGCAAACCUCGUGAAUGCUCUGCUAACCUCACCCGAUGACUUCCCUACCUUGUAUCCCUUACUCCAAGAAGUCAUACUUGCUAACCUCACUGACUUGCUCUACUUCACAAAUAACUCAUUUCCCCUGCGAACUAGAGAAGCCCUGGAAAUUACUAAGAUGCUGCUUGGGGUCAUUUCCGAUGCUGGCCUAGAAGGUCAUGUCCCAGAACCCCUCGUAGAAAUAUCUAGAACUCUAGCCACUUUGGUAGAAGACAGUGCUGGGCUGAAAGAUCUGGCCAUGACAGUGGACUCCUUUGUGAAACUUCUCCAGCUGGCCAAGAGAGUUGCAGGGAAGAUAGCCACGAUUUCCAAAACUCAUUUAAUCUCUAAUAACAAAGACAGAAGGAAAUUCUUUGACACUCUAUAUUUCAGCAUGCAGCAAAGAGUCCAGCAUCUUGUGAAGGAAAUGGCUACUUUGAAAAAAGAUCAUUUAAGAUUUGAAAACAUCAAUGAUUUCUUGAUGCCAUUUCUUGACCUUGUCUUUGGGAUGGCUGGGGUGGAACCUCAUGUCUCACAAAACCCUGAUGUUUCCAGUCUGUUGCCUAGCUCCCUCUCAGAUGUGAACCAGUCCAAGGACUUUACCGAGAUUUUGGAAGAAGUGGUUCAAUUUUUAACUUCCCUGCAAAUUGAUUUGGGAGACUUGGAGCGCCUUGUGGUGGCAAUUAGUAACGGGACUCGAGCAUUUCCUAUGGAUUCUGUCUAUUUAGGGGAGGAAAUUCUGCGUUGCUUAACUCCGAUAAAUCACAUCACCAGUCAAAUCAACUUCCUGCACUCCAACCCCAUUUCCACUCUUGGCAGCCCUCAACGUACCAAGCGGGAAAGAAUUCAUGAAGUGAUUCCUUUUUUGGUUAAAAUAUUAACAGGAAACAGCACAGAAAUGGGAACUUACACGAGAAUGCUCACUGAUCUCACUUUAGACACUUUGUGGGAAAGUUUAAAAAGGAACCAUGAGGGCGUUUUAAGCCUGUUGCUGACAACUGCUCAGCUUCCUUGUAACCUUUCAGAAACCAUAGCCACAGGGGCAGAGGCGUCUUAUGGAACCAGAAGUGACAAUGGAGAUGAUUUAAGUGGGUUAUUUUCCAACACGUCCUUGGUUCAGAAUAUAACUUGUCAUCAACUUGAAAAAGCGAUCCAGGUGGUGCUAGCCAGAGUGGGAUUCUCGAGGCUCCUCCCGAACAGCUCUCAGGGGAUAAACUCUCUCGGCAUUUUGUUGCGGCCAGCUUCUGACAUUUUUGCUAAUGCAACUGCUGGGAAGAAUGGUGCCUUGGCAGGAGAGGACAGGACCACGAAAGAGACGAUGGGUUUCCCUCAUAGUUGCAAACCGUCAUCCAGUUUCAAGAAACACCUGAAGCGAUUAAUAACAUUGAUUGAAAACUGGCAAGAAGUCUUGCUGACAGACUCAAGUGCUGUGGAGGUGUGUCGAGUCUUCCGGCAGCUGGAGGAGCCCUCGGAGGCCGCGGCAAUGCUGCAGAGAGCGGAGAUGGUGGUUCUGCGCACGCUCAUCAUCCUUGCAGAAAAACCCUUCUUGGUGAAGGAGAUUUUGUGUGCAGCUCUGAGCUGUGAGCAAGGAGGAACGCGGUAUCUGAUCUUAUCCAUCAUCCAAGGGGUCACGCUGAUGCAUGACCUCUACCAGGAAACUGAGAAGAUAUGGCGCUCGCCCGGGCAGCUGAAUUGUGAAAGUCUUAGCAGGAAUCUUUCGGGCAUCUUGGAAAGCUUCAGAAGCCACUUGGAAAAUGCCACAGAGCAGGAGUGCGGGUGCCGGCCCCCGCUGCGGACCGUCCAGCAGGGCGUGCUCGGGUUGGCCAGAAGUCUUGGUGAGACUUGGUUGUCGAAGAACCCCAUUAUGACUUUCCUUAGUGAUCUCACAGUCACUCAGGCCGUGAAAGUGAAAGAUUUGAUGAGGAACAUGACCAGGUUAACCCAAGAGCUUCGGUCUUCUGUCCACAUCUCCGAGGAAACCAUCCACAGCAUUUUGGAAGCAAAUAUUUCCCACUCGAAGGUGCUCCCCAGCGCCCUCACAGUGGCUUUGUCUGGAGAGUGCAGCCGAGAACUACUCCGUCUCCUGCUGACCUUUCCCGAGGACGAACAAUCUGGGUCUGCGGCCACAGAGCUCUGUGGGCUGCCUGGGUCAAAAGUGUUUACCCUGAUCGUGGUUCUGAGCCGGAACCUGGAUCUGCGCACUUUUGUCUACAAGACUCUGAUCCCGCCUGAAGCCAGUGGCCUGCUCAGCUCCCUGCUGGACUUGGUCUCCAGCCUCAGCUCUGUACUUAGCAAAGCCCAGCAUGUCCUCAAACACCUUCCUGGAUUUCUUCACGCCUUGAAAAUUAAUGCUCUGCUAGGGAUGGUGGACUCUGAGCAGGCUUCACAGCAUGACCAGGCCAGAAACUCAGCUUUUGGUUCUUUCCAGUCUGUGAUGAGCAUGGUCUGCCAGGACCAAGCGUCUUUCCUUAGCAGUUCAAACACUUUCCUGAAUUUGCCCAGCAUUGACCAGCUCUUGGAAGACGACAAGGAAAAAUUCAACAUCCCUGAAGAUUCCACACCAUUUUGCCUGAAGCUUUAUGAGGAAAUUCUGCAGUCUCCCAACGGCGCAUUGGUGUGGUCCUUCCUCAAACCCAUAUUACACGGACAAAUACUCUAUGCACCAGACAUCCCAGCGAUUAAUAAGGUCAUUCAGAAGGCUAAUUACACUUUUUAUUUUGUGGACAAGUUAAAAACUUUAUCAGAAACAUUGCUGAAGACGUUCAGCCUUUUCCAGGGAAGCGGAAAUGGACGGAUGUUCAACCAGCUGCAGCCUUCUCAGGAACUUGAAUACCUUUUCCAAGUACUUGAUGAAGCUGGAAGAUUCCUGAACAACGUGGGAUUCUUUUUUCCGCUGAUAAUGAUGUUGACUUGGAUGGUGUCCGUGGCCAGCAUGGUCCGAAAGCUGGUGUACGAGCGGGAGAUCCAGAUAGAAGAGUACCUGCGAAUGAUGGGAGUGCACCCGGCCGUCCACUUCCUGGCCUGGUUCCUGGAGAACAUGGCCAUGCUGACCCUGAGCAGUGCCACCGUGGCCAUCAUUCUGAAAACCAGCGGCAUCUUCGCACACAGCAAUGCGUUCAUCCUCUUCCUUUUCCUCCUGGAUUUUGGGGUGUCGGCUGUCAUGCUGAGUUACCUCCUGAGUGCAUUUUUCAGCCAAGCUAACACUGCUGCCCUGUGCACCAGCCUGGCCUAUCUCAUCAGCUUUCUGCCCUACAUAAUCCUGCUCGUCCUGCACAACCAGCUAAGCUUGGCCAUCCAGACGUUUUUGUGCCUCCUCUCGACCACCGCCUUUGGACAAGGAGUGUUUUUCAUUACGUUCCUGGAAGGACAAGAGGCAGGGAUCCAGUGGAAUAAUAUGUACCAGCCUCCGGAACCAGGGAGCAUGACAUUUGGCUGGGUUUGCUGGAUGAUUCUGUUUGAUUCAAGCCUUUAUUUUUUAUGUGGAUGGUACCUGAGCAACUUGAUUCCUGGAGCUUUCGGUUUGCGGAAACCGUGGUAUUUCCCUCUAACUGCGGCAUACUGGAAGAGCGUGUGUGGCUUGGUGGGAAACCAGUGGCGUUCUCUAAGUCCUAGCCUGUUCUUCUUCAGCGAGGACUCUGGCAGUAAAGAGUCAUCCCAGCAAGACGGGGGAGGGGAGCCUGCAGGAGCCGCCCUGGUGUCUGUCACCAAGAAGUACGAGGGCCACAAGGUGGCAGUGCAAGAUUUGACCCUCACCUUCCACAGGGGCCAGAUCACGGCCUUCUUGGGGACCAACGGCGCUGGGAAGACCACCAUCAUUUCCAUGUUGACUGGGCUCUACCCUCCUACUUCCGGAACCAUCCUCAUCAACGGCAAGAACCUGCAGACAGACUUGUCCAGCGUCCGAGCAGAGCUGGGGGUGUGUCCUCAGCGGGACGUCCUCCUGGACAACCUCACUGUCCGGGAGCAUCUGCAGCUCUUUGGAUCCAUAAAGGCUCCACAGUGGACCAAGCAGGAGCGACAGCGGCAAGUCAAUAAAACUCUUGAGGAUGUCGGGCUAAUGCGGCACCAGCACAAACAAACCCGGGCCCUGUCUGGAGGCACAAAGAGGAAGCUGUCCAUCGCCAUAGCUUUCCUGGGCCAGUCAAGCACCGUGGUCCUGGAUGAGCCCACCAGCGGGGUGGACCCUUGCUCCCGCCGCAGCCUCUGGGACAUCCUGCUCAAGUACCGGGAAGGUCGCACCAUCAUCUUCACCACCCACCACCUGGACGAGGCGGAGCUGCUCAGUGACCGCGUGGCCAUCCUCCAGCAAGGGCGGCUCAGGUGCUGCGGGCCUCCCUUCUGCCUGAAGGAGACAUAUGGCCAGGGGCUCAGCCUGACGCUGGCAAAGCAGCCAUCUGCAACGGAAGCCCACAGUCUCAAGGAUACAGCCCGCCUUACAGCCCUGAUCCAGGCCUACGUCCCCCAAGCCGUCCUCAGAGGCAGCAGUGGGCGCGAGCUGACCUACACUCUCCCGCAGGAUGCAGAUAAGGCCUGCUUCAAGGGGCUCUUCCAGGCCCUGGACCAGAGUCUGCAACCCCUGCAUCUCUCAGGCUACGGGAUCUCGGCCCCCACCUUGGAAGAGGUGUUUUUGAUGCUUUUGGAAGAUCCCAACAAGAAAUUACACACUGCCCCAGGCACCAAGUUAGAGCCUCAGAGCCAGAGACCCGCUGGGCCAUUCCCUGACUCCUCUGGCUCUGCUGUGCAGACUUCACCUCAACGAACCCUACCUGUGUCGGCCCACGGCCACCAACUACUCCUUGCGCAGAUGUCCGCACUCCUGAGGAAGCGACUGCUCUGCACGUGCAGAGCCUGGAAGAACACAGCCUGUGACCUGCUGCUGCCCGUCCUCUUUGUGGCCUUGGCCAUGGGCUUGUUCAUGGUGCAGCCUCUGGCCACCGACUACCCUCCCCUGCAAAUGGCACCGGGCCACUAUGAGAGUGCGGAGACAUACUUUUUCAGUAGCGGGACCGAUGACAUGAACCUCACCCCUGUGCUCUUGCGGAAGUUCAGAGGUCAGGGCCCUCCCUGUGCUGAUCCGGACCCAGAUCCGAUGAAUUCUUCAUGUUGGCACCGGGAUCCCUUGUCUCCCUCGGAAUUCCAGGAUUCCUGUGGCUGCCUGAAAUGUCCAAAUAGAAGUACCGGGGCGCCCUACCAGACCAACCGCCUGGGCCACACCCUGUUCAAUCUCUCCGAAUUCCCGGUGGAGCAGGACUUACUGGUGCCGUCUGAAAAGCCAAGCCUUGGAGGCUGGUCUUUCGGAGUGCGGGUCCCCGGCGAAGUUCAAGAUGAGAACGCAAACACCUCAAAACCAAGAACUCUGGCAAAGGUGUGGUAUAAUCAGAAGAGCUUUCACUCCCUGCCUUCCUACUUAAAUCAUCUGAACAACCUUAUUCUGUGGAGACACUUGCCCCCUGGUGUGGACUGGAGGCGAUACGCAAUAACUCUGUACAGCCACCCGUACGGAGGGGCCUUGCUGAAUGAAGACAAGAUCCUGGAGAGCAUCCGGCAGUGCGGUGUGGCCCUGUGCAUCGUGCUGGGAUUCUCCAUCCUGUCUGCAUCCAUCGGGAGCAACGUGGUGAGGGACAGGGUGACUGGAGCCAAGAGGUUGCAGCACAUAAGUGGCCUUGGCUACAGGACGUACUGGGUCACUCACUUCCUGUAUGACAUGCUCUUCUACUUGGUUUCCGUGGGCCUGUGUGUCGCCGUCAUCGUCACCUUCCAGCUCACGGCCUUCACGUUCCGCGAGAACCUGGCCGCCACGGCGCUCCUGCUGGCGCUUUUCGGAUAUGCAACACUUCCAUGGAUGUAUCUGAUGUCCGGAGUCUUCUCCAGUUCGGACGUGGCUUUCAUCUCCUACAUCUCCUUGAACUUCAUCUUUGGCCUCUGCACCAUGCUGAUGACGACCAUGCCCCGGCUCCUGGCCAUCAUCUCCAAAGCCCAGAAUUUACAGAACAUCUAUGAUAUCCUUAAGUGGGUCUUCACGAUUUUCCCCCAGUUCUGCCUUGGUCAAGGGCUGAUAGAACUCUGCUAUAAUCAAAUCAAGUAUGACCUGACCCACAACUUUGGCAUUGACUCCUACGCGAGUCCCUUUGACAUGCAGUUCCUGGGCUGGAUCUUCGUGGAAUUGGCCUUGCAAGGCACGGUUCUCCUCCUGCUGAGGGUUCUGCUGCACGGGGACCUUCUUCGCUGGUCAGGGGGUCACGCUGCUGUCCAAAGCACCGGCAAGUGUUCUGCGGACCCAGACGUUGAAAAAGAGCAAAGGAGGGUGCUGGAAGGAAAGACCGAUGGAGACAUUCUGGUGCUGCACAACCUGAGUAAAAGUUACAGAAGCUUUUUUAGGAAGACCACCGCUGUGCAAGAUAUCAGUCUGGGGAUCCCAAGAGGAGAGUGCUUUGGGCUCCUGGGUGUGAACGGAGCUGGGAAGAGCACGACCUUCAAAAUGCUGAACGGUGACGUCUCCCCAAGUUCAGGCCACGCUGUCGUAAGGACGCCUACUGGAGCUGCCGUGGGUCUGACUUCUGCCGGCCAGGCGGGCAUCGUCAUCGGCUACUGUCCACAGCAGGAUGCCCUGGAUGAGCUCCUGACCGCGUGGGACCAUCUCCACUACUACUGCAGCCUCCGAGGACUCCCAAGGGAGCGCAUCCCUGAGGUGGCUGCAGACCUUGUGAGGUGCUUACACCUCGAAGCCCAUGCAGACAAACGUGUGGCCACCUACAGUGGGGGGACCAAGAGGAAGCUCUCCACAGCCCUGGCCCUGGUGGGCAAACCUGACAUCCUAUUAUUGGACGAGCCCAGCUCCGGAAUGGACCCCUGCUCCAAGCGCUACCUGUGGCAGACGAUACAGCAGGAGGUCAGGCAGGGCUGCGCCGCGGUGCUCACCUCACACAGCAUGGAAGAGUGUGAGGCGCUCUGCACCAGACUGGCCAUCAUGGUGGAUGGCAGCUUCCGGUGUCUCGGCUCCCCUCAGCACAUUAAAGACCGGUUUGGUGAUGGUUAUACGGUCAAAGUUUGGCUCGCUAAGGAAGAAAAUCAACCUAGCACUAUUUCUGACUGCUUGAAACUCCACUUUCCAGGAAUCCAGUUUAAGGGACAGCGCCUUAAAUUGUUGGAAUAUCACGUACCGAAAAGAUGGGGGUGCUUAGCUGACUUGUUCAGAGUUCUAGAGAACAAUAAGGACUUCUUGCAUAUCGAGCAUUACUCCAUUAACGAGACCACGCUGGAACAGGUAUUUGUUAAUUUUGCUACUGAGGAGGAGCGCCCUCUGCACGCUACUCUGGAUUCGCCCACCGAGGGUCACCGCCCAUCUCACCUGCCUGUGUAGCCAGUAAAGGAACAGAUCCUGGUGUUUUGUUGUGUUGGAUGCCCAAGCUUCAAACAGCAAUGCACCUGAGAACACAGAGGGCAUCCAGCCUUCGUCUCUCCUUCUUUGUCCAUUUCUGAGACUCUUGAUUAAUAACCUGCAGACUGAAAGGUCAUUCUUUUCUGUAGACUUUUGGAUAGCUCCACACCCCGACAGGGGUUAUACAGUUGCCAGGCUGGGUGGGUACUGAAUUCUUUGGGAUGAAGGUGCAGAUAUGUAGACAGCGUUCAAGCUGAGACUCCCUGGGUGUGAAACCUGAUCCCACUUGAUCUUACAAGGUUAACUUUUGCUUUGAAAGACACGGAGCUCCUCCCCGACACUGUUCGCAAACUUUCCCAACUUGCUUGUGUUGAGAACAUCGUCAAGGGCUGUUUCCUAUUUUUGCCAUCUUCCCACUAGACCUGCCUGCAUGGUUUUAAAUAAAAAGUAAAAACUCAGUGACUUUUUUUGGCUUUUUGAGACAGGAUCUCGCCAUGCAGUUCAG